GAUGCCACGAUGAGCACCUUCGUGGAUUAUUCUGUCAUGAGCGGCGAAGGCGGUUCGUGUUCCGUGAGAGCCUUCCACCCGGAUCACGGGAUCGCCACAUUCCAGUCGUGCGCCGUGACGGCGGGCAACUGCGGCGCCGAUGAGCGCUUCAUGGCCAGCCGGACUUCGCCGGACGACGCCCCGCCGCGCGGCUCCUGCCACUCCGGGCUGGCUUACGGCGCGCCCGCGGCCUGCGGCUCCGGCUAUGGCGCGCCGACUUUCUACAACCAUUACGCACUGAACCACGAAGUAGACGCCGCCGCCGGGUACGCCCAGUGCGGCCCGCUGGUGUACCCGGGUCACCUGGCGCAGGGUCAGCUGCAGUACGCCCACCCGGCCUACGGGGGCGGCCACGAGCCUUUCCCCGGGUGCUCGAACCCUCUGUCCCCGCUCCACGGCGCUCACCUGGAGGGGUGUUGCUCCCCGCUGUCGGAUGGAGCCUCCUGUGCGCAGACCUUCGACUGGAUGAAAGUCAAGAGGAACCCCCCUAAGGCAGGGCGGUCGGGCGAGUUGGGCUACGGAGCGCCGCCCAACGUGGUCCGGACCAACUUCAGCACCAAGCAGCUGACGGAGCUGGAGAAGGAGUUCCACUUCAACAAGUACCUGACGCGGGCGCGGCGCGUGGAGAUCGCCGCCACGCUGCAGCUAAACGAGACUCAGGUGAAGAUCUGGUUCCAGAACCGGCGGAUGAAGCAGAAGAAGCGGGAGAAAGAAGGACUCCUGCCGGCCAAGGCCGCGCCCUCUGACCCCGGGGAGAGCCUCCGGGAGAAAAUGGACGACGCGGCGUCAGAGAAGUCGGUUUCUGCGCCUUGUACGCCUUCUCCCACUUCCUCCGGCGUGUCUUCCACCGGCGCCGACGGGUACUGACCCGACUGGGAGCGAACUCUUGCACUAUUUGGACUAUUUCCACUCCUUGGUUAUCGAUGUCUUUUAUAUCGUGGAGGGCAGGGGUGUCCAAAACGCGGACCGGGGACCAUUUCCCAGCUUUCAAAGUAAAAGUAAACAGCGGUACCCUUUUUCAAUUCAAACCCUGACUGUAUAUUGGAUGGUAAAAACUGGUGGGAAAUUUAUUGUUAAAAAAACAAUCAUUAGUACUAUUUUAUUUACAGUAAUGCACCGUAAAACAACAAUUGUCAAAAGUGUUCAGGCAAAAAAAUUACCCUGGGGCAGUAUAGCUCGGUUGGUAGAAUGCCCGUUCCAGGUUCGAUCCCCGCUUCCGCCAUCCUAGUCACUGCCGUUUUGCCCUUGGGCAAGACACUUUACCCACCUGCUGCCAGUGCCACCCACACUGGUUUAAAUGUAACUUAGUUAUUGGGUUACACUUUAUGUAAAAGCGCUUUGAGUCACCAGAGAAAAGUGCUACAUAAAUAUUUUACCGGUAUAGCUCGGUUGGUAGAGCGGCCGUGCCAGCAACUUGAGGGUUGCAGGUUCGAUC